UCAGUUCGCAUUUGAAAUCUCAAUUCGCUAACAUGCCUCCUAAAGCACAAGCCGCCGGAAAGAAGGGAUCGAAGAAGGCUAAGGCCCCCAGGCCUAGCGGGGACAAGAAGAGGAGACGAAAGAGGAAGGAAAGCUACGGAAUCUACAUCUACAAGGUUCUGAAGCAGGUCCACCCCGACACUGGUAUCUCCAGCCGUGCCAUGUCCAUCAUGAACAGCUUCGUCAACGAUGUCUUCGAGCGCAUCGCCGCCGAGGCUUCCCGUCUUGCCCACUACAACAAGAAGUCUACCAUCACCAGCCGUGAGGUCCAGACCGCUGUCAGACUCCUCCUCCCCGGAGAGCUGGCCAAGCACGCCGUCUCUGAGGGCACCAAGGCUGUCACCAAAUACACCACCUCCAAGUAAAUUAGGAGUUUUAUCCUGGUUGCUUGUAAACCCAACGGCUC